AUGCUGUUGCUCACCAAACCAUCCGCUGCUCCCCUCCUCUUUCUCGCCACAGCCCAAGCUGCACAACGCACCCCAGCCCCAUCACCAUGUCCAGACGGCGAAUACACACUCUCCGCCCCCGGAAUCACAGCCUCCUUCAUCCCCUACGGCGCCUCCCUCACAAACCUCUACCUCCCCUCCGCACACAACACCACUCUCGACGUCGUCCUCGGCUUCGACAACGCCUCCACUUACUCCCGCAGCGCCUGGCAUCCGCAUCUCACCGGCGUGCCUUGGCGGUACGCCAAUAGGAUCCGUAACGGCACCUUCUCCAUCGAUGGCGAGACGUUCCAUACGGACCUCAAUCAUAACAGGGGCCUCGACACUCUGCACGGCGGAGGAGAGGGGUGGGAUUGGCGGAUCUGGGACGUCGUCUCCCACACCACCGACUCCAUCACCUUCUCCCUCGUCGACCCAGACAGCAAAGAAGGUUUCCCCGGCGAAGUCGUCGCGGAAGUCACGUACCGCUUAACGCCACAUCAAUGGCACAUCCGCAUGACCGCCCGCGCAACGGAGGUCAAGACCCCGGUGAUGCUGACGUCGCAUACGUACUGGAAUUUAGACGGGUGGCGGAACACGGGGUCGGCAGGUUUGGUCGGGGAGCAUGAGUUGCGGAUGUCGUGGGCAGGGCGGAGGGUGGGGGUGGAUGGGAUUUUGGUUCCGACUGGGGAGAUCCUUCAGAAUGAGGAGGGAGGGGUGUUUGACUUUUGGUCGGCGCCUAAGCAGAUCGGGCAGGAUCUUGGAUCUGAUGGGUUGGAAGGGGCGUGUGGGACUGGGUGUAAGGGGUACGAUACCUGCUUCAUCUUCUCCGGCUCAGUAGGCUGCGACGACGGCAACUGGCGAGAGAGGGCUGUCGCGACGUUGAAGAGUCCCUGGUCUGGCUGCCAGAUGGACGUGUACACGAACCAGCAGGCGCUGCAGGUGUAUUCUUGCAAUAACAUGAACGGGACGUUUCCGCUCAUGGAGACGCAGGGGUUCUUUGAGGAUGCUGAGAGGCCACGGACGGUGCAGAAGUAUGGGUGUGUGGUGCUCGAGGUGGAGGAUUGGAUCGAUGGGAUUAAUCAUCCGGGGUGGGGAAGGGAGGGGAGGCAGGUGUUUGGGCCGGGGGAGGGGGGUAUGUGCUUCAGGCGGUGUAUGAUUUUUCGUUGGAUCGGGAGGUGA